GUGCUAAUAGGAACUACCUGACAUUAUUACAAUGUUCCUUUUCUACUUACAUUGAUAGUGGAUGCACUAAUACUAACCAAUAUGAUGCUACUGUUUACUGCUAUACUACUAGAAUCUGGAACAGUAGCCCAUAUUCUGGUAUGAUACGUCUUCAAGGAGGAGCUUAUUCUAAUGAAGGACGCGUGGAAGUGUAUUGUAAUGGACGGUGGGGGACAAUAUGUGAUGAUGGAUUUAGUUCAACUGAUGCCAGAACUGUAUGCAAGCAGUUGGGAUACUCUUAUUAUUCAAGAUAUGAUCAUUUGUCACUUCCUGGUAGUUCUGGUCAGCCAAUAUGGUCUACACAUUUUUCAAGUAGUUCAUCAAGUACCUGCUUCAAUUCAAGGAAUUCUUGUCCUAGCUCCAGUAUUACAUCGUGCUCACAUUCUGAGGAUGUAACCGUUUCUUGUUCAUAUUCUUCAUCAUAUACCAAUACUGCUACACUAGGACACUGUAAUACUAGUGACACUACUCCUACAGGAAAUGAUCGAAAUAUUGGAGGUGUUGUUGGAGGUACGGUUAGCGGUAUUACCAUACCAACAAUAGUUUGCAUAACCUGCUGCAUUAUUUGGUUAUUUGCUUCAAACAAAAAGAGAUCAACAGCUCGACUUCCUCCUCCUACAAGCAGCAGCCCAGCCAUUCAACUGAAUACAAUUUCAAGACCACAAAGACAGUUCACAUCCACACAGCCACAGCAGUCUUCUCAACAGCAACGUAAUACUAGCAGUAACAAUAAUCCUUCAACUUCUUCUCAACGGCCACCACCAUUUGCACCAGGAUAUAAUUUUGGUGAUCCACAAGUUAUGACAUUACCUAACCAGCGACCUGCUAUUGAUUACCAGUAUCCUCCUGUGAUUGCAUUACAACAGAUACCUUAUCCAUCCAGAGGUCCAGAAGAAGGUUUUUGCUCAGGAGAGCCACCACGUUAUGAUGAGCUGUUUUGAAACAAUACGUCAUAAUUAAUGAUUGUAUACUAUUUAAACUUAGUUUUUGUGCAACCUUUUAUUUUCAAUUAAUGAUUGUAUACUUUUCUAAACUUAGAUAGUUUUUGUGCAACCUUUCAUUUUCAUUUUUUGUGCUGUCAAUAAUCAAACAAACCUGCCAUUGCAA